GAAAAAGUUUCUUUCUUUUUGAACAAAAUUAAACUUAAAAGGCUAAGAUUCAUUGCUCGAAAUAGAUAGGAACUUAAUUAAAAGCUACAGAAUUUUCAUAAACAAUUGGAAUUUUGCGGAAGACAGUUAGUUUUACGAGAGAAAAGUUGUUUUUAAAUAUUUGCAUAAAAUAAAUAGUGAAAAAUAUUCAAUAAAAUGGAUGAAGAUAAUCAGAAACAAUUGACUCAAGAAGAGAUUCGAUUGCGUCGGUUGAGGAGAUUAGGUGUUAAUAAUACUUCCUCAAAUGCUGAAAAAACUGAUGAGUCAGAUAACCAAAAAAGAAUUGAUGAGACAAGCAUAAAUAAUAAUUGUUGUACAUUUGUUGCUGAAAAAGAGAUCCAGAAGGAUGAUAACAAAAACACAAUUAUAUCAGAAACAACUUCUGUAACAAAUGACAAAGAAGAAAACGGAAUGAAUAUAAGUAAUCCAAAUUUAACUGAAAUCAUUAAAAUGGAUACAGACGAGAAGGAAAUUAAACAGACUGUUCCUGAUCGUAUGGAAAUUGAUGAUAAUGAAGUUCAAGAAGAAUCGAUUGCAAAAAGUAUUUCAAGAAUUUUGGACUCAUCAUGGAGUAAAGAAUUUGAUGCUUCAUUCCCAGUAAAGGAUGUUGCACGAUCAAUUAUGGAUAGCACCUUAGUUCCAACUAAUUAUCCUGAAUUAAUAUCGGAGAUAAUCAAUGAUGUGAUUAGACAAUACAUUACAUCAGACUUAAUUCAAGAAAUUGAAGUAAAUUCCUUAUCAGAUCAAAUUUUAUCAAGUAGAAUGAGAAAUGAUGAUAUUGAGAUGGAUUUCGAUGAUGAAACAUUCAGUGAACCGUCACGUUGGAAACAAACGAAAAAGUGCACUGCCAAAGAAGCUGCAUUAUACUAUUUAAUUUCGUCCUACAAUCGUUCAUUAACAGAGAGACAACACAAGGAAAUUAGCACAGAAUGUCGUAGACAACUCGUCAAUAAUGCAAUUUUAUUACUUGAUCAUGACUGGUCAUUCGAAACACAGCAGAUUGUAGAUACUAGAUCUCGCUCACCAUUAUUGCAGAUUUUGUACGAUGAAACAAUUCCAUAUCAAGAUUUUAUAAAGCAUCUCAUAACCGAACUGUAUAAUGAUCAUCCCAAGAGAUUUACAAGGAUCUUUAAUACGAUAUUAGAAGACAUUUAUUUGGAUAUGCGAUGUAAACAAAUCAAGUCUAUUUAUACGCUUCCAACUCACACAAUUGACAGACUCAUUGAACUUGUGUCUGUAGGACUUGCAAACAAUGAAAAUGUGAAGCCAAUUUGUAAUUUGGUUGUGAGUCAUAGGACUUUCCUUCCUGCUCUUAGUACUGAUAUUUCAGGACGUGAAAUCUCUCAAAUCUCAUACUUAUCACCAUUUUUGUCUAUCUCAAUCUUAAUCUAUGAUCGGUAUUAUGAUGAAGACAACACAAUUGACUCUGUCGUUCAGAAUGAUUUACAAAGUAAACUCGAGUACGUUAGGACAUUACUUCAUAAACUCUUUUACACAUUUAUACUGAACAAAGACACACGUGAAAUGGUAUUAAAAUAUAUUGGAGAAUUAUUAAAGCAUAAUGCAAAGCGUGAACAAUAUAAUGCAGAUGAACGUAGCCUAGCAUCCGAUGGAUUUAUGCUUAAUCUCAUGUCAGUUCUUCAACAAUUAUGUCACAAAGUGAAAUUAGAGAGAAUUGAUCCACUCUUUCCAUUUCAUCCACAAUCAUUAGUAUCAAUUGCUGAUGAUACAAAACUGAAAUUUGAACAAGCUGAAUAUAGCAAGUUUCUCGAGAAAAUUCGUGGACAAGUACAAUGGGAAGAUCCGAAAUUUGUUAGCCAUUGUUGGUUCUUUACACUUCAUAGUCAUCACUUGGGUAUAAUUCCGGCUAUAUCUCGAUAUCAUAAACGACUUCGUGCUAUAAAGGAAUUACAGAGAAUGGUCGAUGAACUAAAUGCAACAGAAUCUCGUUGGAAAAAUACGCCAGUUGCAAGACGUAAUAAGAAUGCUCGAGAUAAAUGGGUCAAUAGAAUUAAGAAAUUAACAAAAGCCAAGAAUACAAUGGAAAUUCUUGUAUUGGAUCCAAACGUGAAUCGUAAUUGUCUUCAAUUCUAUAGCUCUGUAUGUGACUAUGUCUUGCAUCACAUUGAAGGACGAAAGAAAAUUGAAGUUCCUUUCUAUAACACAAUACCGCCUAAUCAACUUGUUGCAUCAGAUGAGUUUGCUUCAUUGCCUGUGUGGUACAUUGAGGAUAUUGCUGACUAUUUACUCUUCUUGCUACAGAAUCGUGUUGAAGUAAUUAUUGACUAUAUGGACAACUCAAUAGUCACAUGGCUAUUGACACUCGUCUGUGCACCUCAUUUGAUUAAGAAUCCUUAUCUUACUGCCAAACUCGUAGAAGUUCUUUUUGUGAUCUCACCAUCAAUUCAACAAACAACAACGAAAAUUUUCAACAUGGUCAUGAGCCAUGAACUCACACAGACAAGCUUAAUAUCAGCAUUAAUGAGAUUUUAUGUCGAUGUUGAAACGACUGGACAAAGCACUGAAUUUUAUGAUAAAUUUACAAUUCGCUAUCACAUUUCUCAUAUUUUUAAGAGUAUUUGGAACAGCCCGGUUCAUCGUCAAGCUAUGAUUGCAGAAUCAAAGAAUGGAAAUCAGUUUGUAAAGUUUAUUAACAUGCUUAUGAAUGAUUCAACCUUCUUACUCGAUGAGAGUCUUGAAAAUCUCAAGAAAAUUCACGAAGUGCAAACGCUUAUGAUGAAUGAAAAGGAAUGGUCUAAAUUAGAUACGGAAGAACAAGCAACACGUCAACGUCAGCUAGUACAAGAUGAAAGACAGUGCCGCUCAUAUUUGACUUUAGCCAGAGAGACUGUCGAUAUGAUUCAUUAUCUUGCAAAUGAUAUUAAGGAACCAUUCUUACGCAAAGAGCUUGUCGAUCGUCUUAGUUCUAUGCUGAAUUUCAAUCUACAUCAACUUUGUGGACCAAAAUGUAGAGAUUUGAGAGUCCGAAACCCUGCCAGGUAUGGCUGGGAACCAAGACGUCUUUUAGGACAAAUCAUUGAUAUUUACAUUCGUUUGAGUUGUGAUGAAUUUGCAGCUGCUCUCGCACGUGAUGAACGCUCAUUUCAGAGACAUUUAUUUGAAGAGGCUGCUGAAAAGAUUGAGAAGAAUAACAUCAGAGCUGCAAUUGAAGUUGAAAAGUUUAGAAGUUUAAUUCAAAAGGCUGGGGAAAUUUAUACAAUGAAUCAAAAGAAUGAAGACGAUUUUGCAGAUGCUCCUGAUGAUUUUAGAGAUCCACUUAUGGAUACAUUAAUUAACGAUCCAGUGCAACUUCCAAGUGGAAUUAUUAUGGAUAGGUCUGUCAUCACUAGACAUUUGUUGAACUCGUCCACAGAUCCUUUUAAUAGACAGCACUUAACAGAAGAACAGCUUGUGCCAGUGCCUGAACUGAAAACUAGAAUCGAACAGUGGAAACGAGACAAGAGAGACAAGAAGUCCGACUAAGCGCGAAUAUUUAAUAAUAUAAAAGGAAACUAUUUAUACAUGAUAACAUAGAAAUAAUAAUAUGAAACAUCAAUUUUUUUUUAUUUAAUAAAGCAAACAUUAAAUGUAAAAUUUAGAUACUCUGAACAAUGCAUUAAUUAGUUCUGUUAAUAACUUCUUCAAUUUGAAGAGAUUCACUUAGUAUUUGACUUAAUUCAUCAUCAUUGGUUCCACUUGCUUCUUCAUUAACAUCACUCGUACUGUUAUCAUUUCCACUUUCUGUCAAUCGAACACCAGCGAUCCCUUUAAUUGUUAAACUUUCUUGAUUUAAUUCGUCGCACCUUUUGAUUUUUCUUAUUCUUUCUGGAUGAUUCACUGGAUAUUGUAUAAGACGGAGAAAAUCAAUACAAUAUACAAAACCAGCUAUUGAUAUUAUCAAAUGAUCUUUUUCAUCGCUAUAAGCUUGCUCUAAUUCUUCAUUUGUUCUCUCGUCAAAUGCCCAAAAGCUGGUGCUUCCUUUACUCUGAUAAAACCAAUUAAAUUGCUUAUCUAUGGACGUUUUUUCGAUUCCUACAUUCUGCUCGAUUUCUUCAAUAUUAAAUGGUUUUCGACACAUUGCACAUGACUUUACCGCAUCUGGACUUUUUCGGAUACCUUUAAUGCAUAGAAAGCAGAAUAUGUGGCUGAAAAUAGAAAGUUUAUUUACAAAAACAAAGAAUUUUUUAUGAAUUUUAUGAUUUUCGCUUACUUGCAUGGUAAUUUGACUGGAUAUAAUAGCUUUUGUAGACAUAUUGGACACUCGUUUUCAAUUUGUUCUUGCAUUUAUUUGGCAAUAAAGGUUUAAUUAAAUAAAAAUAAAAUAAAAUUCUUCAAAAAUUUCUUUUUGAAUGUUUACGUGGAUUCAUAUGGUAAUGACGUCUCAUUUUGGGGAUUCAUAUUUUGUAAGUCAACAAGCAAAAUCAG